GGCCGGCGGCGGCGGCGGCGGCCCGCCAGCCGCCAGUGUCAGCACUGCGCGCCCGACGGUACGACGUGCCCCGCCGAGCUGCCGUACCCAGACGUACCGUGACCCCGUGCUUGAGCCGUACUCUAGCGCAGUCAGCUGAUAGUCGAGCACUUGUGAACACUGCAGGACAGACAGUCGUGACCCGUGCGCUCGGACGGACGCCGUGAGAUCGAGCGGAGGCGUGAGACUGAUCGUGAACGCUCCGUGCACGUGCUAUCACCGUCACGCCCGAGAACUAUCGCGUCUCACUUCCUCGCCGUGUGAGCUAGCCACCUCCAAACCACCGCCACCCACGAACUCUGGUGUGACCUGAGGUGACCGGUGGGUCGCUCGGGGGCGGACUGGCGUGCACGGUGACCUGGCCCUGGGGGAGCCGACCGGCCGCCACGCUGGAAGGGCCCGGCGGCUCCGCGUGGCCGGCCGCUGCCGACGCCCAGUCGGCUCUGCAGGCUCGCAGGGAUAUGGUCUCCAUGCUCAGUGGCGCCGUGUUUCCCAUCAGUUCGGCGCCGCUGCUAAGUCUUUCCAAAAUAUCUUCGCCGUGGAACCCGACGGCGCCGGGGCCGCAGCCCCCGGCGCCCCCGGCGGGCACUGCCACGCCCACCGCCGCCGGCCACGCCAUGGCUGGCCUGGGGGACACGCCCACCGGCCCCCCAGGGCUCGUCAAGGAUGACGCGCUGAAACUGACGGGCGACACGGGCAGCGUCACCUCCAAUGAGGAUGACUACAUGGAUGACAAGAACGGCGACAACAACGACGCAGAGGGCGUGUGGAGUCAGGACAUCGAACAGUCCUUCCACGAGGCGCUGUCCAUCUACCCUCCAUGCGGCCGGCGAAAGAUCAUCCUCAGCGACGAGGGCAAGAUGUAUGGACGCAACGAGCUGAUAGCGCGGUACAUCAAACUGCGCACGGGAAAAUGUCGAACUCGGAAACAAGUCAGCUCCCACAUCCAGGUGCUCGCCCGGAGGAAACUGCGCGAGAUCCAAACCAAGAUGAAGCAGAACUCGUCUCCGCUGAUGUCGCUCCAGGAGCACCACGCCAAGGAGAAGGCGCUCCACUCGGUGGCCGCCAUGACGUCCGCCCAGAUCGUCAACGCCUCCAACAUGCAGCACAAGACGCUGCCCAGCUUCGGCCUGCCCGGCUCCAACUACGCCGGGGCUGGCGGAUUCUGGCAGACGGGUCUUCAAGUCGGCAUGUCGCAAGACGUGAAGCCGUUCGCGCAGCACCCGUACGGGAUGGCCGCCAAGCCUCCGUCCAGCUCUGCCGACAUGUCCCUGCUGGGUCAGUCGCAGCCGCCGGCGCCCGCCUGGGAGGGGCGCAGCAUCGCCACUCAGAAACUGCGCCUCGUCGAGUACUCGGCCUUCAUGGAGGCAGCGCCGCAGUCCCGGGAGCACCAGGCCGCUGCUGACGUGUACAACAAACAUCUGUUUGUGCACAUCGGCGGCCCGGCCUCGUAUGAGCCCCUGGAAGCUAUCGGCAUCACACAGAUCUACGACAAGUUCCCCGACAAGAAGGGGGGUCUGCGUGAGCUUUAUGACAAGGGCCCGGCCAACGCAUUCUUCCUGGUCAAGUUCUGGGCAGAUCUCAACACUAGCAUACAGGAGGCGAGUGGCGCGUUCUACGGUGUCACCAGCCAGUACGAGUCGCCAGAGAACAUGACCAUCACAUGCUCCACCAAGGUGUGCAGCUUCGGCAAACAGGUCGUCGAGAAAGUGGAAACAGAGUACGCCAGGUUCGAGAACGGCCGAUUCUUCUAUCGCAUCAACCGGUCUCCGAUGUGCGAGUACAUGGUCAACUUCAUCCACAAGCUGAAGCACCUGCCGGAAAAGUACAUGAUGAACAGCGUGCUGGAGAACUUCACCAUUCUCCAGGUCGUUACCAACCGGGACACCCAGGAAACUCUGCUCUGCAUCGCCUUCGUGUUCGAGGUGUCCACAUCAGAGCACGGCGCGCAGCACCACAUCUACCGGCUCGUCAAGGACUGAUGUCGGCCUGAUGCACGUCACUGACGUCAUUGAUGUGCUGCCGCCUAGCUGCGAGGGAUGAAAGCUGAUGUCACUGGAGUGGGCGAAGUCGGAGGAUAAACUCUGACGACAGAUGUUGGUGUUGGAAUCAUUUAUCACCACCGCCGCUACAAUCAUCACAUCACCACCGACACCAUCGCUUCAGCACCACGUGUAUCCGUCACCAGUGGUCUAACCUAGACCGUGGCAGACGGACUGGUGUCAUCCCGCGGCGUCCAGGUACGACCGAAAUUCGUACCUCCUUCGCGCUCUGUCUAAAUGAGGGCCGGCCCAGGCCUCUGCCGAUCUGCCAGCAAAGAGACCGGGCUGGCUCUGAUCUCUGAGUCGAGAGGACCUCUACGAGGACUGGCGGGGACUGAGAGGACCCAGAGAGCACGCGCCAGUGUCAGAAAACUCGCGCCGCUAGAGGUCCGUGAUAAGCCAGCGCACGUGCUUUGUGUCUGCGCCCGUGUGUGUGCUUGUUUGCGUGCGUUGUGACGAUAUGUCGGGAGAAGGAAUGUGUUUGUGUACAUAGAAGAGCCGCUCUGCGGGCUCGCUGUGUGGACGGACGGGCUCUAUGUGUGUGAACUGAGCGCCGCGCGGUGGGCGCGUCUGCGGACGGCCCGCCGCCGAGCCGCCGUGCCUUUCGGCGGUCGCCGGCCGUCCUCCCCCCCCCCCCCCCCCACCCCCGUGGCGGCCGUGUCUUUCAGUGCAGUCAGAGGUCGCCGAUGCAGAGCUAGUGCCAAUGGACGGCCGGCGGCGCGUGAGUGCCCUCCCCGACCACCUCCCACCUUCCCACCUGUCCCCCGGGUCCACUGUCCCACCCUGCACAAGAGGAUCACUGGUGUGCCUUCACUAGCUCCAUUACUCUUACACGGCCGGAUUGAAGGCUCUGCCGUCGAUAAACUGAUUAGGCUUGGAUGAUGUUCGGUGCAGGAUGUCUAGAUACGAUGGACCCUACUGGAUGCGGUGCGCACUCUGCCUAUUUUAGAGUUCUCUCUGAUACUGGCUACGGCGCGGCCGUUGCCGCCAUGUUGUUUGGUUUUAAGUUGUGUACCUUUAGUAGUUUGUGAUGAUUGCAAUAUUGUUGCCGGCAUUUUGCAUAUGGCGCUUCUAGGAUGGUUAGAGAUGCGCCCCUCGGGCUUCUAUGACAUUAUUUUAUCGGUUUAAGACUGGCAUUAGUUUUGGAUCUUGUCUGCGUUCCCGGAUAUCGUACUGGCUGGCGCCUGUUUGCGUCGCGCGCGCCACCUAUUGGCAGCGCAUGUAAGCUGUGGUUGCAGCGAGCGCCGCUGAUCGGACCUUUGACUGGCGGGUCGCAGAGGAGCCUGAGCGGCGGGCGCACGGCGCAGUACGGGAGACUCUGGCUUGUCGAGUGAGGCGGUCUCGUUGAUCUCAGAUGGCCGCCGGCGAUGACCUUGACCCGACCUGAGCUCGGGUCACGGCCCGGCCCGCCAGCCGCCGGACGGACGUAUUGUUACAGUGUUGCUGCCUGCCUGCCUGCGGGCCGCUGUCCCUGGGUGGACUGGCAGCCCCGCCGGUACGGGCGGAGGGGUGUGAACGCGUGUGUCGACUGUACUAUGUGCGGUAGCUAUUCGGUAGAUCGUGUCCUUUUGUACAGGUGUUCGCCCAGAGAGUAAAUUAUAUGGAAAUCCCUGA